AUGGCCGACGUCAAGCGCAAUCCAGGCAAGGCCAGCGCUGGACAAGGGCCAGAAGCUCUUGACAGCUUCGUCGCUGCUAUCGGCGCCCGUGUCAAGCUCACGACAAUUGCGCCUCACUCGCAGACCCUCCAAGGCACCCUCUUUACCGCAUGUCCUAUGCUCAAUGUCGUCGCCAUCAACACCGCUCCCGCUCCUCCGAACCCGUCGUCUACCAUUUCCAACCAGCCCGGCGACUACCACAUCAUCCCCAUCAAGCACAUCUCGUCAUUCGACAUCGUCUCGCUAGACCCGAAUGCCGCCAAACAGACCAUCAGCACCGUCCAACCUCCCAUCGCCGCCGUCGACAUUAAGAAGUUGCGCGACCGUGAAGAGGCCAAGAUCCGCCAGCUGCGCGAUCAAGAAGCCAACAAGGGCAAGGGUGUCAGCCGCGAGGCCCAGCAAAUCUACGAUGCCUUGAAGAGACUNGAGAUUGUCGUCAACGAUUCGGUGAUUAUCAGUCCGCCGUACAAUGUGCAUGACUGCAAAGCUCCCAAGGGCAAGGAGGAAUCCCUCAACAGAAUCAGAAUGGUCUUGGAGGGUGAGAGGAGAAAAAUCGCUCAGCGCGCUGCUCAAGGAGGCACUCCUCCACCUGGUGCCCCCAGAAAGGGAGGUUGA